AUGGAUGGCCUUUCUUGCGCAGCGAACGUUUUCGCGGCGGUUGAGCUCACAGCGAGUGUGGUCAAGAUAUGUGCCCGCUUUAUCACAGAAGUGAAGAAUGCGAGAGACGACAUCAUUGCAUUGCAGCGUUCGGUGGCAGGUCUUGGGGAAAUUCUUCGGCAAUUGAAGGAGGUUUUAGAAAGCUCUGGUCGCUCCAGGUCAUUUGUAUCCUCCUCUCUCAUCGAGAGUCUCAACGACUGUCUUUUAGACCUAGGGACCCUGAACAGGCGAAUUGACCCGAAAAAUCACAAAGGCAUCAUGAGAAAAUUCGGCAUUCGAGCUAUGAAAUGGCCGCUUCAACGCCCGGAGGUGGAGAAAAUGGUGACCAAUCUUGAAAGAUACAAGUCGUCCUUUAUCUUGUCGAUCCAAGUCGACCAGACUGGUAUUUUGACCAAGCUGGCACGAGAUACGGAGUCUACUUUAGAGCACCUACGUGUCGGCAAGUUGCCCAUGGCACGUGGAGCCGAGUUUGACUCCUACAUGGACCAGCAUGAGGAUGUGUGUCUCUCCGGUACUAGAAUCGAGCUUCUACGUCAGGCAACCGAAUGGGCUAGCUCAUCGGAGGGAACAUGCAUCUUCUGGCUCAACGGUAUGGCAGGCACUGGGAAAUCAACCAUCUCCCGGACAUUAGCACGGUCAUUCAAAGAAGCGAAGAUUCUAGGAGCGAGCUUUUUCUUCAAGAGAGGCGAAGGUGAUCGAGCAAAUGCCUCAAAGCUCUUCUCCACGAUUACUAGGCAGCUUGUGGUCCGCAUACCACAGUUGAUCCCAGAAAUUGAGAAAACACUCGAGGGUGAACCAGAUAUAGCCGGUAAAUCUUUGAAGGAGCAGUUCAACAAGCUAAUCCUCCGGCCCAUUCUCAGCUUGCAGCUUUCAGAGCUACCAUCUUCUGAAUUUUCCAAUCUUCCACUGGUCAUUAUGCUUGACGCGUUGGAUGAAUGUGCCCGGGAUGAAGAUAUACGAGUUAUUCUUCGGUUGCUACCAACUUUCCAAGACUCAACUACAAUAAAACUUCGAGUAUUCUUAACAAGCAGGCCUGAGCUUCCAAUCCGAAUGGGAAUAUCCCAAAUCCCAAGUCUUGCACAUCAAGAUGUGGCACUCCAUGAGAUCGCCGAGCCAGUGGUACAGCACGACAUAUCUCUUUUCUUGACACAGCAGCUGUGGGCAAUCAGGAAAGACCGAGAUUUAUCUGAAGAUUGGCCCGGAGAAAGUGCUAUCAAAUCUCUUGUAGAGCUAUCAGCCCCUUUGUUUAUCUUCGCGGCUACUGCAUGUCGUAUUCUCGCGGACCCUAUGUGGGACCCAGAAGACACCCUGACAAAGCUACUUGCGUACCAAAAGACCGACUCCGAGCUGGAUGGGAUUCCUCGAUUCGAUGACAUGUCCCAUUUCGACAAAACAUACCUUCCCGUGCUCGAUGGGCUUCUGGAGGGGCAGAGCCAAAAACAGACAAAACAGUUAAUACAUGAAUUUCAUGAAGUGGUCGGGGCAAUUAUGACCCUUGAAUGCCCACUCUCGGUUGCUUCCCUAGCCAGACUGCUUGCAAUACCCGAGAAACAGAUUUUCAGGACACUUGGCUCACUUCACUCGGUCUUAAGAGUGCCCACCGAUUCCACCCAACUGGUACGGCUGUUCCAUCUAUCGUUCCGAGACUUUCUUCUGGACCCAGAGACAAAAGAAAAAACACGAUUUUGGAUCGACGAGGGCAAGGUGCACCAAAGACUUUUCGCUCGAUGCCUCGAAACAUGCGGUGCUCUGAGAAAGAAUAUAUGCGGUAGAGAAGAUGACACAAAACGUCAGGACAUUGAGAGGCAGGUCAUAGAUCAAUGUCUUCCGCCAGAUGCUUCGUAUUCAUGUCAUUACUGGGCCUACCAUCUACUUCACAUCCAGGGAUUACCAGCUGCAACAGAAGACUCGCUUGCGUCUGUCGACUUGUUUCUCCGGCAGCAUUGCUUACACUGGAUGGAAGCAAUGAGAAUUUUGGGGCUCUCUUCUGAGAUGAUAGACAUCAUAGACCGACUACAGUCACUUCCAUCGGUUCAGAAAUCCGUGGAAUUGUGCGGACUUCUUCAUGACGCUAAGCGGUUUGCCUUGAAAACUGCACCCAUUGCCAACGACAUGACCCUCCAACUAUACUCCUCAGGGCUGUUAUUCGCACCCAAGGAAUCCGUUCUUCGGAGGAACUUCAUAAAGGAGCUUCCCAAUCAUGGCUCGGUCCAUUCGGUAGCCAUUUCUUUUGACGGUGACUAUCUUGCAUCAGGAUCUGGCGAUGAGACCAUCAAGAUCUGGGAUUUGUUAACGGGGACGUUAAAUUUAUGCCUCGAGGGCCACUCUGGUAGAGUUCAUUCUGUGGCCUUUUCAUCUAAUGAAUAUCUCGCAUCCGGCUCGAGUGAUAACACAGUGAGGGUAUGGAUCGCUGAUACCGGUUCUCUGCACUUGACCCUCAAGGGGCAUUCUGAUUGGGUGAAUUCCGUGGCAUUUUCCCCAGAUGGCCAGCUACUGGCCUCCGGCUCCGAUGAUGAGACUAUAAAGCUAUGGAAUGCCUCGACGGGCAGCCUGCAACAAACUCUUCAAGGUCAUUCUGCCCGAAUCCGAUCAGUGGCAUUCUCGAGCAGUGGACUACUCGCGUCUGGCUCUGAUGAUGGAACUGUUAAAUUAUGGGAUCCCAAAACCGGUGUGGUGCGGCGGACUCUUGUCGCUCAUUCAGACUGGGUCAAAUGUGUGGCUUUUUCAGCCAAUGGCCGAUUUUUGGCCUCUUCUUCCUAUGAUAAGUCAGUGGUCGUUUGGGACUCUUCCACCGGCGAUUUACUGCAAACCUUAAACGGACAUUCAGAGUGGGUUAAUUCAGUAUCUUUCUCUCCUGACGGUCGAACCCUAGCCUCUUGCUCUAAGGACAAGACGAUCAGGAUCUGGAACCCUUACACAGGAGAUUUACAAGGAGUAUUCGAUGGACAUUCGGGAUCUGUUUUGUCCGUUGUAUUUUCCUCUUGUGGUCAAUUCCUGGCGUCUGGUGGAUAUGACAAGACAACUAGGCUUUGGGAUUCAGCCAUGAAGACAAAGGAGCAAAAGCCCCCAAGCGCUCAUUCAGAAUAUGUUCAUUCGAUCUCAUUCUCCCCUGAUGGUGGUACACUUGCUGCAGGGUCCCGUGAUACCACAGUUCGACUCUGGGACUCCGCAACAGGCACAGUGAAGCAUACUCUCUCUGGUCACUCACUGGCAGUUAGAGUAGUCAUUUUCUCCCCGAACGGCUUGCUUCUUGCAUCUGGCUCUUAUGACAAAACAAUCAGGAUCUGGGAUUCUUCCACUGGCAUCCUACAGCAGGUUCUUGAAGGUCAUUCAAGUCGCGUUCGAUCGCUGGCAUUUUCCCCUGAUUCGAAACUACUGGCUUCCAUUUCUAACGAUGAGACUCUCUUCUUAUGGGAUCUCGCCAGUGGAAUCGCUAUCAAACAGAUUGUGAUAGAAACCUGGCAAAAGACGAAUUUGACGAUUUCAACUGACGACUGUCAUCUGAGUCACAAGCUGGAGCUCAUUCAUAUUCAAUCUUGGUUCAAAAGCCAUGCCUGGAGCUCAAAAGAUAGUAACAUCCGGGUCGAAGAUGAGCAAUGUAUACUUCUUCAGGACAGGAAAGCCAUCUGGCUUCCUUCGGAAUAUCGACCGAGUUGCUCGACUGCCAAAGGCAAUAUUCUCGCCAUGGGACAUCCUUCUGGACGAGUGACCUUCACGAGAUUCAAUGUAUUAUGA